CCUUUUCCGUCGCACGGACACGAUGAAAAGAGGAGAUUCAAUUCUUCGGACGGAGCAAAAGUGUAGUACAUUACAGCAGGAAUUGAUAUAACAGUUUCUUGCCUUUUUAAGCUUAUUUUUGUAAAUAAACAGUUCGUCAAUGACAUUUGGCACUGAUUUAAAGGACCAGAUCCCGCUUAUUGUCAAAUAUGUUGGGGACGGUAUUGAAUCUCUCCAUCAAUUUCGCAGCUUUCUAAAAGAAAGAAGCAAUAUCGAACGAGAAUAUGCACAAAAGUUGGAACAAUUAUCAAAGAAAUAUAAAUCACAACACAAUACCAGUGUCAAGCAUUUUUUGACUGGCGCGGACCCUUCACAGCAACAACAGCCUGUCAAAAAAGAAGAUCAAAGCACCACACUUCAAGCAUGGAACCAUUUGUUGAAGCAAACGGGUCACAUUGCAAAAAUUCGAUUUCGAUUAGCUGAGGAUAUAAAUGACAUGAUUGUGGAAGCAUUAAGAGAAACUGCUGUCCGAAAAGAAGAAUGUAGAAGAAAACACGCAGCCUUUUACCAACGGUUAAAGAGUGAAAGAGACAAGACUUAUGCUGAAAAAGAUAGAGCAAAACAAGCUUAUGAUGAAGCUUGCCUGGAGAUUGAGAAUUUGAAAGCCAAGAAGGCUCGAGGAGGAGACAGUGAAAAAUUGCAACGGCAAAUAGACGCGGCUACUUUAGACUGUUAUAAUAAGAAGAACUUGUAUUUAUUGGCUGUUAACAUCGCCAAUGCCGAAAGAUCGAAGUAUUUUGACGAGGAUAUCCCUAUAUUAGCCGAUGUAGGUUAAGAACAGGCAACGAAAUAUUCAACAGUACAGGAAAAUGUUAAAUUGGAUCACUCAUUCGGUAUUCAAU